GACGCAAAUUCUUAUUACUUCGCCGCCGUCUCUGAAAUAAAGUUCCACGGCCUCCACCGGCUCCCCAAACCCUAGCCAUGGCGAACUCGAGACUAGGGUUUCUCCUCCUCCUCCUUCUUGUGGCUAUUCUCUUCUCCUCGCCGGCGAUCGGGAGCUCCGAUGCGCCCUUCAUGGUGGCGCACAAGAAGGUCAGCCUCGCCCGGCUUAAGACCGGCGUGGAACGCGUCUCCGUCUCGAUCGACCUCUACAACGAAGGAUCCGCGACUGCUUAUGAUGUGAGCCUCAACGAUGAUGGUUGGUCUCAAGAUGUGUUCGAACUUGUCUCUGGCAGUGCAUCAAAGACAUGGGAAAGGCUUGAUGCUGGUUCCACUGCCUCUCAUUCAUUUGUUUUGGAAUCAAAAGUGAAGGGCAUGUUCCACGGUUCUCCUGCUGUCAUCAAAUUUCGUGUACCCACAAAGGCUGCACUGCAGGAGGCUUAUUCUACCCCCAUGCUGCCAUUAGACAUUCUUGCUGACAGGCCUCCUGAAAAGAAGUUUGAAUGGGCAAAGAGACUGGUGGCUAAAUAUGGAUCACUUGUAUCAGUUCUGUUGUUGGUGACGCUGUUCAUUUAUGUGAUUGCAACACCAUCAAAAUCCAGUGCUGCAAAAGCAAGCAAGAAGAGGCGCUGAUUUCAUUAAUUCUGGUCCUUGUCAGUUUUUUUUCGAGAUGCCUUCAGAAACUGGAAAUUGUAAUUUGAGAUAAGAUUUUUCUUCCUAGGACCAGCAGGAAACUGUAACGGUUUAUAAUUUUCCAGAGGAACACUUCAGCAUGCAGUAGUCACUGCUUUUGGUGAAGAAAAGCCACAGAGAGGUUUUGCUGAGACAACAUGAUCCUGUAUAAAGCAAGAAAUUCCAACAUUUGAAAUUUCCAACAUACCAAUCCCAGCCUAAUGCUGUAAAGCUA